CUUUGUAGGUACUAAUCUAACCUUACAGCACACCUCUCUGUCUCUCUCGCUCCGUGUCUUUCAAUGUUGGUCAGGUGUCUGUGUUCGCUAUGCUCUCCAGGGUUAUCUUAAAGGGAACUCUUAUUAAGAAAUCUCAACAGAAGCGAAGGACGUCACCCUGUAAUUACAAAGAAAGAUUCUUUGUCUUGAACACCCAGGACCUGACCUAUUCUGAACAACGACCUGGGAAAAAGCCCGUCCAGAAAGGCUGCAUUGAGCUCUCCAGGAUCAAAUGUGUAGAGAUUGUGUGUAGUGAACUCCCCAUCCCCUGCAGUAAUAAGUACCCAUUCCAGGUUGUCCAUGACAACUAUUACCUAUAUAUCUUCGCCCCGGACAAUGAUUGCCGACUGAGAUGGGUCCGAGCACUGAAGGAGGAGACCAAGUGUAAUGAUUUAGUCCCGAAGUAUCACCCCAAUUUCUGGAUUGAGGGCAAAUGGAAGUGUUGUUACCAGACAGAGAAGAUGGCUACAGGUUGUCAGGAGUACAACCCUAUUGGAUACGCUACCAAAAAGUGUCUCCCGCCAACCCCUGACCCAGAGCGACGUCUCUCUGACGCGGGCCAAAGGGUGGUGAUAGCACUGCAGGACUAUAGUCCCCAUGGAGACACUGACCUGCCCCUCCACAAAGACCAGGAGUACAUCCUCACAGACAGCUCUCACCAUGACUGGUGGACCGUGCAGGACUGCAGAGGGAAUACAGGUUUUGUACCUUGCAUGUAUAUAGCAGAAAAAUCCUGCAACGACUUCAGCAGAUUUGAUUGGUACAAUAAAGACAUAACGCGAAGGAGAGCUGAGGAACUACUGAUGACAGAGAAUAAGGAAGGAGCCUUUAUGGUACGAGACUCAAGACAUCCAGGCGUGUAUACCGUUUCAGUCUUCACCAAAGCACCAGGGUCAAACAUGGAAAAGAACCCGCGAGUGAAGCACUAUCAGAUCAGAGAGUCAGAGACAUCCAUGUUUUACCUGGCAGAGAAAUACCUGUUCAACACCAUUCCUGAGCUCAUCCAGUACCACCAGCACAAUGCUGCAGGUUUGAUCACGCGGCUGAGGCACCCUGUCUCUCUGGAUAAAGAGAGCUCCCAGAACCAUGCUGAACUCUCAGAUGGUCAAUGGGAAGUGGACCCGUUAGAGUUGACACUCGGUGAGGAGGUGGGCAGUGGUCAGUUUGGUCUGGUACUCCAGGGGCAGUGGAGGGGCCACAGGGUAGCUGUGAAGAUGGUCAGGGAGGGAGCCAUGUCUGAAGAGGACUUCAAAGAGGAGGCCCGAGUCAUGACGAUGCUGUCCCACUGCAAACUAGUGCAGCUGUAUGGUGUGUGUACCCAGCAGUCUCCCAUGUGUCUGUUGUUUGAGUUCAUGGAGAAAGGCUGCCUGUUGGAUUACAUCAAAGCCCAGAAGGGGCAUCUGUCCCAGGACACCUUGCUGGGGAUGUGUCUGGACGUCAGUGAAGCAAUGGCAUACCUGGAGAGCAACAACUUCAUCCACAGAGACCUGGCAGCCAGAAACUGUCUGGUUUCCAAGAACAAUGAAGUGAAGGUGUCUGAUUUUGGCAUGACCAGGUUUGUUCUGGAUGACCAGUACACCAGCUCUCAGGGCUCCAAGUUUCCCUUCAAGUGGUCUUCCCCUGAGGUCAUCAAGUACUCCAAGUUCAGCAGCAAGUCUGACGUCUGGUCUUUUGGUGUGUUUAUGUGGGAGGUUUAUACGGAAGGUCGCCUGCCAUAUGAAAACCAGACUAAUAGUGAGGUGGUGGACAGCCUGAAUGCAGGCUUGAGGCUGCUGAAACCCAGACUAGCCCCAGAGGCUGUGUACAUCCUCAUGGAGUGGUGCUGGAAAGAGAAACCAGAGCAACGCCCAUCCUUUACACUUCUGCUGCAUGAACUGGCCUCCCUCUCAGAGCUCUAAAACGGAAUGCUAUUCAAUCAAAACCUGUUAACCAGUACUCCGUGGGAAAUUAUGCAAUAAGAAUUUGCUGACCAAAACUGAAGAAACUGUACAAACAAGAAACAUAUGUAUUUAUGUUAUUUAUUAAUUGCCUUCAUGAUUUUAUUUCUUUUUUUCUGCAAAGCAUAUUUUUAUUUUAAAGUAAAAUGAAAACUUUUUUCCCCCUUUAUUUCUUGUUUUGUUCUAUUAAGCGAGUAAAACGUAUUUUAUUAGGAUUCCUGUUAGGCCUAUUUUUUUUGUGUGUGUAUUUAUAUACUGUACAUUUGUGAACCAGAAAUUAGUUGUGGACAACAAAGAGAGUAAGACCUGACAAAAGGUUUUUUAGCCAGUCCCAUGAGAAAAGGACUAUUCCUGGUGUAGUGUUUAGGUUUUGGGUGAAACUUACAAUUGGGGGUAGUGUCAGAAUUGGAGUAAGCUUCAGGUUAAGGCAUUGGGUAUUAGGGGUUAAGUUAAGGUAUAAAUGUUAGGUUAUUGAGGUUAAGUUCAGGGUUAGUUUAAUGUUAGGGUUAGGAUUAUGGUUCGGUUUUAGGUUAGGUGACAGGGAAUUAUUUUACUUGUCUUAUUUACUGUCCAAUUUAUGCUUCUGCGGAGAGCUAUAUCUUAGAUUUUCUAAAAUAAUUUCCAAUAUUCUUUACAAAUACCUGGGCCAUGUUCAGUUGCACAAUAUUCUCAAAUAUUGCAGGUAGAAAUUCUAUGAAUGGAGCAGACAUGACUACUAAUUCUACAUCUCAGAAAGUCAUGUUUGUUCUACAUGAUAUCUUUUUAGCUGAACAUACCAAAACAUAAAAACCAUCUGUAAUGCAGCUUAGGUUUGAUUUGGUGGAGUUUAUUCAAAUAAUAAUACACAGAAUGCAUUUUAGGGGUUUAUCUUUACAUUUCCAUUUGCAGGUUGUUUAGAGUGACUUACAAUGAACAAAAUAAAUGACAUUGUUGCGUGUAAAAAGUUCCUAAGAAAACCAGGUGUUUAAUUUGCUGUAUUAUAACUUUGAUUUUGACCUUACACUAAUUCAGAUAAGCAGAGUAAAGGGUUUACCUGAUGUGUAAAUCAUAGUUUGCCUAUAGCUAUAAUCAGCACCAUAUUGAAUUAUUGGUGCAAAUCACAAUAAGAAAUUGCUGACCAAAACUGAAGAAACUGUACAAACGAAAGCAUAUGUAUGUAUGUUAUUUGUUAAUUGCCUUCAGGAUUUUAUUUCUUUUUUCUGCAAAGCAUUUUUUUGUCAAAUGUGAAAAUGAUCAUGUCUUUUCCCUUUAAGAUAAGCAGAGUAAAUGGUUUACAUGAUGUGUAAGUCAUAGUCUGCAUACAGCAAUAAUCAGCACCACAUUGAAUUAUUGGUGUGCAUGUAAACUAUUCGUUCUGUCUCUCACUGUCAGUGUGAUUAUGUCCAUUGUGGGGCAGACACAACACGUCCACUUCCAUGAUGUCAUCGUGUGUAGACUGCUCCUCGGUUCUACACAUUUCAUGCCAGGGGCUGCAUAGCAGGUGACUGCUGUGUACAAUGAAAACAGCCAGAAUAGAUUGUACUUAUAAUAGUCCCAUUGUCUGUAGCUCUGUAAUGUGACCACUGUUUGCGGUUCCAUUGUUUUUAGGGUUCUCACACUGAGGCAGGUGAAGAAUAUCACACACUUGCAUGCACACACGCACACACACACAAAUACACACACACACACACACACACACACA